AUGGAAGAAGGAGGCGAUGGGUGUCCUGGCAACAGAGCUCUCCAUGCUGGGGCCUGGCACAGGGAGCAUCUUCUGGGUGUGCGAGCAAGAGAGACAGGCAGAGUGACAGUCCGACACACCCACCCACCCAGCCACACAACUGCGGGAGGAAUGAUGCUGGAAUCCAUUCGCGUCACUGAAAAACUUCACUGGCCUAAACAAGAGCUCUCUAAAAAGACGGUCUUAAAUCCAGAGGAACACAAGCUGGUCAUUAAGAAUGAAAACAGUCUUCAGCACCUGUCACCUGGAGUCCUUAAGGACAUUUUCACAACAGGAACAAGUAGCUACAAUGUCCUUCUGCAGAGUAAAGAGGAGAAGAAACACCACUUCCAAAAGCAGUCAUCUGUACAUCAUAAAAGACACAGAAAAUCCACCAAGUUUUCCACUACCUUGCGAAGCAGCGAGCACUGCAAGAUCAAAGUACCGCUGCCUUUGCUGAGCAGCGGGUGGUACUGUACGAGCAGACAGCCCUCUGUCUUCAUCACUAGCCCAAUGUCUAGCAGUGUAAAGUUUACAAAUGGUAUUUCAGUCACAGGGAACAGCAAAGGACUGCCACCUCGAACCAAAAGCAAGGCUAAGAGGCAUUAUUUCUCUAAUCUAGCAAAGCCAAAGCAGCCCCAGUUGUCAAAAAGCCAUGGAAAAGAGGGAGAAGUUUCUGGCCGAAAACUCUGUAUACUAACUGCCAUCAAGCCUUCCAAUGUAGAGAAAGAGAAGAUGAAAUUCUUCAAGUCAGAUUUUACCUACAAUCCUCAAUUUGAAUAUGCAAAUCCUGCAUUGCCAAAUGUAUUAGCCAAGCAUAGUCAAGCAUCUGACAGAUUUCUUAAGCAGUCCAUCAAUAUUAUGGAACGGACUUUGCAGAAAUAUGGAAGCUAUGAAAAGUUUGAACAGGUCACUGGAGGCAGCCUGCUGACCAAGAGUCGCAUCUGGAAUCAUGUCAGGAAAUAUAUGGUGAAAGAAGGCUGCCUGGGUGAGAUUGUGGUUCACCUCACGGAGGACCUGCUUUCUCGGGCCUCAAUGAUGGUAGUCAAUGGCCGUCCAACUCUGACUAUCAAUGUUUCCACUGCACGUGAGCAUUGGCUGGAAGGGAUGCUGAGGCAUGAAAUAGGAACUCAUUAUUUUCGGGGCAUGAACAACAACAGCCAGCCUUGGUGCAAUUGGAAUGGACGUAAAAAGCAUGGUUUGAAGCCAAUCAAUCCUACUGAAGAAGGUUUGGCGAGUAUUCACAGUGUCCUGUUCCGAAAGGACCCUUUCCUGUGGAGGGCUGCCCUUCUCUACUAUACUGUCUAUCAAGCUAGCCAGAUGUCCUUCAGUCAGCUCUUCCAGGAUGUGGGGAGAUUUGUAAAGGACCCCAACACUAGGUGGGAUUACUGUGUACGAGCCAAGAGGGGGUGGACUGAUACAUCCCAGCCAGGCUGUUUCAAUAAGGAUCAAGUGUACUUGGAUGGCAUCCUCCGGAUCCUGAGAUAUAGGCAAACCAUUGAUUUUCAGUUGCUGACAGCCCUUGGAAAGAUCUCCUAUGAGGAUGUGGAUCGCCUGAAGGAAUUAGCUGUGGUUGAGAACACAAGGGUACCACACUUCAUGCAGGACCAUGCCCGAUACAUGGAACACUUGGAAAAGAUCAUGGAAGUCAAUGAGCUGACUGACAAGGAGCUCCAGGAUCUGAUAUGUUAAGCGUUCAUCUCCUUCACUUGUGUGCAGCUGAUUAUACAGAA